GGACUUUGCAAGGAAUAAUGGCGGGGCAAGUUGCAAAUGUCAGCGAGCAAAGGGGAAUGUGGGGUUUUGAGUGAGCCGGCAAGACAAAAAGCAAAAGAUUGCUCUAGUUCUUCUUGCUUUCUCAGGGGCUGCACCAGCUCAGCAGCAAGCAAGGUGAGGUUAGCCUUAGCUUGAAGGAAGCUGCGUUGAUCUGAGCCUAUAGCAUUCUCAAAGGCUUGAUCUGCCCCAGCAUGUUUUCUGCUUCCCUCAUGCGAGUGAUUCAGUGCAGCGAGAAGCUACAGCUCUCCCCAGGAAAGUGGUUUCUUGCCCCCCAUGGGAAAGUGUUUUUAAGGACCUGGUCGUGUUUCAGUGGGAGACACGAACUUGUCCGCAGAGGUGUGCGGCGCCCUCGUAUAUUUCUCCAAGGCGCAAAGCAAAGUCUCUGGACCCAGGAAGGGUCCCUGAGAGCUGAGAAUAACAGCAAACGAGUGUCUGUGCAAAGAAGCCAGAAAGAGGAAGCAUCUCUGUCACCUGCUCGGAAAGUGAAAGAAGCUGGAAGAGACUUUACCUAUUUUAUAGUGGUGCUCAUUGGGAUUGGUAUUACAGGUGGCUUGUUCUAUGUGAUUUUUAAAGAACUGUUUUCUUCCUCCAGUCCCAGUAAGAUUUAUGGAGAUGCGUUAAAGAAAUGUAGAGCUCACCCAGAGGUAAUAAGUGUUUUUGGUGAACCCAUUAAAGGUUAUGGUGAGGCUACAAGACGAGGAAGACGACAGCAUGUCAGUCACUAUGAAUAUGUAAAAGAUGAAUUGAAGUACAUGCGUCUGAAGUUCUACAUUGAGGGCUCAGAACGAGGAAAGCAAGGAACAGUCCAUUUGGAAGUGAAAGAGAAUCCUGAAAGUGGAAAAUAUGAGUUCCGUUACAUAUUUGUGGACAUUGAUACCUACCCUAGAAGAACCAUUGUCAUUGUAGACAACAGAUAGCAAAAGAACCAUGCUAAUAUCACAGUUCAAAGAGUACAGUUUAAUAAAAACAAAAAGGUCUACAAAUAUUGUGCUGCUACUUAUAGCCAUGAAAUCUCACUGAAGCCAAGGGAUUGCAUUUCUGUAACUGACCUGUAGAGACUACAGCAUGUCAUAAAGUGUGUAUUAAUGGAAAUGACACGAUUUGCCAUAAUUUGUGGCAAAGAAAUCAUGACAUAGGAAAAACACAAAAAACAGUUAAUGUUGAAUAGUAAUUCUGCAGUCUCACUGCAUCCAACAUCUGUCUUCUAAACUUUCACAUAUUUUUUUCCUUUCUCUUGUUCAGAUUUUACAUGUACUUCAAUAACAAAUGUGGUAUUUAAUGAAGAGAAACUUGUUUGUUCCCAUGUUAUACACUGUGGACAUUAGAGGCAUAUUAGGAUGACAGGUGCUCAAAUUUUAGUAGUUUCUCAAAAAAAACAAAUGUCAAUAAAGCAAGGAACUACAAGCAUCCUAGCUCCAGUCAGACGUAGACACACAGAACUAGAGGAUGCUGUCUUCCACACACCUUUCAGCAGAAGGAGCCUGGUUGGUGUGAGCAGUGUUAUGGGGAUUCCGAAAAUAAAUCACUAGAUGGCCAUGAUGAGUUGUUUGAAACCACAGCCUCCUAUUGUGAUAUGUGACAUUUUAUAGGAAACUAUGGCAUAGAUAUAAAUUAUACCAAUAAGAUAAUUUUGUCAUUUUGAUAUGUCUCAGUGAUUUCUAGACCCUCAAUAAACCCCACCUAAGAAUCCA